UGUAACCAAAUUAUCAUGAAAAUUUUGUUUCAAAAUUUUCUGUGAAAGAAAUAUUCAAAAUGCAAACAGCUACUUUCAAAUGCAACCAUGAGAACGAAAUAAUUGAUUAAAAACAGCUAAGCAAUAAUGAUUAAUAAUAAGGAGGAGAGAAUAUAUUAGAAGAAGGUCAUUGCAAAAUACACUGAUUACCUUAUUUAAAGAAAAUUAAUUUCAACAUGACUGGCUCGUUUAGUGUGAAGUUAAAAUCAAAAAAAGGACAAUUUAUAGUAAAAGAUUUAACAGCAGGAACAACAAUAGCUGAUCUGAAGUCUAGAAUAGCAGCAGUAACUAAUAUUCGAGAACCUUUAUUACAUAUACUAAUUGGUUUUCCACCCCGUCCAUUGGAUUUAUCACAAAAUAAUAACAGCAUUUCAUCAACUGGAAUAAGCAGUGGAGAAACACUAAUUAUUGAGGAAAAACUACACGAAUCCCAAGCCGCAGCGACAUCCAAUAGCAAUCCUACGUCAAUUGAACUUGAUGAAGCACUUGCACGGCGUCUUCAAGCCGAGGAGGAUGAGGAACAACUCCGGCAAGUAGUUGCAGAAGCAACUUCGAGUGAAAGACGUUAUCCAGAUGUAGCUUCAGAACAAGCUUAUAAUCCAAAUGAAAAUUUUGAUGGCAUUCUUCUAAAGAAAGUUGUGCCUGCAGAUAACUCAUGCUUAUUCACUAGCAUUCGGUUUGUUCUCAAGGGUAAAGUAGAUAAUGAAGGUAGUGAGUUGAUGCGUCAUUUAAUAGCACAAGCAGUUUCUGCUGAUCCUCAACAAUAUAAUGAUGCAAUGCUUGGUAAAUCAAAUUCUGAAUAUUGCUUAUGGAUUCAGCAACCUGACUCAUGGGGCGGGGCAAUUGAAGUUGCAAUUCUCUCGGAUUAUUAUGGCAUAGAAAUCGAUGUUGUUGACAUACAAAAUGCAAUUAUUAAUCGCUUUGGAGAAGAUAAAAAUUAUGGCACACGUGUGUUUCUACUAUUUGAUGGCAUACACUAUGAUCCACUGUACUUGGAAACAAAUACCAGUGAUAAGCCGGUAACAAUGUUUCCAAUUGAAGAAAUGGGUGUGUAUCAUCAAGCCGAACAAAUAGCUAAUGAAGCUAAAUCUUCCCGUCAGUUCACCAAUGUUCACAAUUUUACUUUACGCUGUUUAGAAUGCGAUGUUAUGUUAAUUGGGCAAACUCAGGCUCAGCAGCACGCUAAAUCAACAGGGCACACUAAUUUCGGCGAAAUUUAAUAUAUAACAUAGAUCUCGUUUAUUUUGUUACAUUUUCACUUUUACUUUCAUUAAUUCUCAUAACUAUACUAUUGCAAAAAAACAAUACUUUUAUUUUUAGGCAAUUUUAUUAAAUUAUUUUAUAUUGUA